UACAUACAUACAUACAUACAUAUACAUCCAAUUUCAGAUUUUGGCCUUUUCCCCUCUUCAAUUUCGCCAUUGUAGGGUUUGAUUAUCAUCACCUCCAUCAGAAAUCAUCACAAAGAUCGCUCUACACCUCUUCUACAAUCAAUCUUGAACAUUCUUUUUCAUACAUCACAAGGGUUUCUUGAGAAAAAGAUAGCUGCUUUUAAAGAUUGAUAAAAAUUUGAUUUUUAUUACUAAUUAAGAAGAAAGGGGAUGGGGGGUUCGAAGACUGAAGGAGCAACCUCUUCCUCAACCCCUGUGAUUGCAAAUCGAAGAGACCCAUAUGAAGUUUUGAAUGUUUCUAAAGAUUCUUCUGAUCAGGAGAUUAAAUCUGCCUACAGAAAACUUGCUCUCAAGUAUCAUCCUGACAAAAAUGCUAAUAAUCCGGAAGCCUCGGAGCUAUUCAAAGAGGUUGCAUAUUCUUACAACAUCUUAUCCGAUCCGGAAAGAAGAAGGCAAUAUGAUAAUUCAGGGUUUGAGGCUAUUGAUGCUGAAGGCAUGGAUAUGGAAAUCGAUUUAUCAAACCUUGGAACCGUAAAUACAAUGUUUGCAGCAUUAUUCAGUAAGCUUGGAGUUCCUAUUAAGACGACCAUUUCAGCCAAUGUUCUUGAAGAAGCGUUAAGCGGAACCGUCACUGUCAGACCCCUUCCGUUAGGAACUUCAGUUAAUGGAAAGGUGGAGAAACAAUGUGCACAUUUUUUUAGUGUUACGAUAAGUGAAGAACAAGCUCAAUCCGGAAUUGUCGUUAGAGUUACUUCAGCUGCACAAAGCAAAUUUAAGCUACUUUACUUUGAGCAAGAUUACGGUGGGGGGUAUAGUCUCGCGCUGCAGGAAGACUGUGAGAAGGCGGGUAAGGUGACAUCAGCUGGGAUGUAUUUCUUGCAUUUUCAAGUAUACAGAAUGGAUUCAGUUGUUAAUUCUUUAGCGAUGGCUAAGGACCCUGAAGCUGCUUUUUUUAAAAAGUUGGAAGGUCUUCAACCGUGUGAGGUCUCGGAACUAAAAUCCGGCACUCACAUAUUUGCUGUUUACGGAGACAAUUUUUUUAAAACAGCAUCAUAUACAAUAGAAGCGAUCUGUGCCAAUACAUAUGAGGAUACAACUCAUAAACUCAAGGAUAUCGAGCAGCAGAUUUUGAGAAAAAGAACUGAGCUACGUCAGUUUGAGACAGAAUACAGACAGGCUUUGGCCCGAUUUCAAGAAGUGACUAACAGAUACACCCAGGAAAAACAGAAUGUGGACGAGCUUCUAAAACAACGAGAAAGUAUUCAAUCAUCGUUUACAGUAGGUAGAUCUUUGGUUGUUGGUAGCGGGAGCAAUACGCAAGCUAGUAGUAAUAACGGUGGAAUUGACAGUAAAAAUCCAGGUGGUGAUGGUGAAAACAGCCACAGUCCGAGCGAAGAAGGAACCUCGGAUCCCAAAAGUAAGAAAAAAUGGUUCAAUCUUAACCUCAAAGGCGAUAGAAAAACUGGUUGAUGACAUGCGUCAUGGGUUUAUUCGGCGUGAAUCUUUUUGUGUUUUGUUCAUAUUCGUAAUGGCUUGUUAGUAAUCAAAAUCAAGAAUUGUUUCAAAAGAUUGUUGGGAUAUUUUAGUACCUGUAUGUGUUUUGUUUGAUUAAUUAAUUUGAUUAUUUUUAAAUGAAGGAUGGACUAUUAUUUCUGAAUCUA